AUGUCGUUGAUUAACAAAUUAGUACCAGUUAUAGAUGUAUCUAUUGACGAAUUUUUGAAUAUAUUCUAUGAGUUAGAACAAAUUCUAUUAGAUAAUUCCGAUUGUGAUUUAAUUAUUCCAUAUAUUGAUCGACUCUCAACAAAAAUUCAUCCAGCCUAUCAACGUAUUAAAGAUAAACAAUUUUCAAUAUUACUUGAUCUAUUAACUGAUCUACUCAUUAAGGCAACGGAUAUUCUUGAAAUUGUUGAUCGAUCACCCAUUAUUAUUCCUCAUUUAAUUUCAUUUGCACAAUAUUUACCUAAAUUUGUUGAAAAUAUUGAUUUACAUGAAGUUUUUUCAUCAAACUCACUAUUUGCUGAAAAAAUACUCAAUUUUUAUUUAAAACUUCUUAAUUGUACACGAAUAAAAAAUUAUUUAGAAUCUAUUGAACAACGAGAAAUACAUGAUCCAUUAUUAAACACUAUAUUAACAAUAA